UUGCGCGUUCAGUCACGAUCCGGGGCUUGUCGCGUGCGUAUGUCGUAGUAGGCGCUUACCGCGCGAUUGAAUGUGUGCCAUUUAUCAGCGAGCGGUCCGGUGGCGAUUAUCGUCCGCGUUUCAACUUGACACUUGUUCAGUACCACCCCUUCUUGUUGGAUGCUGGACGAAGAAAGGGUGCGGGGUGGCUCGAGGAAGGGGCUGAGUUUGUGUGUGCAGGAUCGGGUUAGUGAAUUCCGAUGUGAUGUGAAGCAGAGCGUCGUCACAGAAGCCCGUGUCGAUUUACGACGCUCGAUACUGCGUGUGGAGGCGGCAGCGGCUGCGGCAACUACUAGCUGCAGCCAGCGAUUUUAAAUUGGAUUUUCCGCUUCCGGUUUGCUGUGCCCGAGAAAAAGCACUGGAGGCUGCAGUGAAUCGUACAGGAGCUCGAACCGGUUUGGAAAAUAAAUGUUAAAUUGGAUAACAAUAAAAUUGAUAAAGUAAAGAAUCAAUACAAAGUUUGGCAGCCUCAGAACGGAAAUGUGUUGUUGGUGUACAAUUUAAUUAAGUGACUUUCGUGUAAACACCCCGAGCGCAAUUCGUGAAUUUUAAAGCAUAGGAAGUAGCGCUGUUUGCCAAACACCUGAAACCUGUGGAAAAAACCGUUCACACUCCGACUGACAGAAGUGGGUUUAUGUGUGUGUGUGUUUGAGUGUGUUUUGAAGUGGACCCGAUCAGAUUCGGAUAAAUGGAUUAUGCGGAAAAUUUGAAAAUUCUGCAAACAGACCAUCAAUCAUCGUCGUCGUCAAGCUUCCUCCCGUAGCCGUCGGUUUUGGUGACUGACAACGGUGACAGGGGAUUCUUCCGGGAACGAAAAACCAACCCCUCGGAGUGGAUUAUCGAUUUGUGUGCAGGUUCCGAGUCGAACCAUGAUGGACCAGGUACGCUCGAUAGUAAACUAACUGGAAUCAUCACCUCUAGCUGUUUCACAAAAAGCCACAGCAACAAACCAGAAUUACUCACCAACUAAAACAACUGUUGUCGGAGCAUAAAAACGGUACUCUAGUCGGCUAGAUAGAGGAAGAGGAAAAAUAAGAACGGGCGAGAGGACCUAUGCUUGGGCUCCGCACACAACCGGGUGGAUAUUCGUUCGGAGGACGUCGUCUAAGUCGGUUGAACCGUCGAUCGUUCGUUCACUCGUAGAACAUUCUUUGCUAACACUUUUGACGCGCGCGCAAUACGCUUUUGAAGUACGUGACACACAGACGCGUGCACGUUGCGUUAUACGUACAGUGUUUCGUUGGAUGGCGUGAAAGAAAGAUAAAACAGCCGAUCUUUAUGUUAAUUAGUGUACGCUACUGAGGGGUAGAGAAGAACACAGAAUAGCAAUCCGCGGAAGACGUGAAAAUAAAACAAGCUGGCAAAAGUUCCUAGCGAGAGUGAAAUUGUUAUGAAACUAAAUAAAAAGGUGAAACGAAAAUAACACUGAGAAGAAGGAGAAGACGUGUGACCGUGCAAAGUGAAUUGUGAGGAAACAGAUCGCAGCAACCGAACGAAAAGCAUAAAGCCACAGUAGAGUAGCGCACGAAAAUGAAAACCUUGGUGACAGCUGCUGGGCGACCGUCGGAUUUUGUCCCUCCCAGCCGGUUACGAUGUGUUUGUUGUUGUUGUUACUGUUGUCAUUGGAACGAUGUUCGUCUUAGUCAUAGCGGCGACCAGGUCAGCAUGGAAGCAGAAGGUGUAGGUGGUGGUGGUGGUGCAAUUAUGCUGCUUACUGGACAAGCCAGGCUGGAUGUCCGAUAGUGUGCUGGUGGCACACGACACGCGAACGAUCGACUGUGCCCCAGCGGUGUAAGGAUUUGCUGAGCUCUGUUUACUCGUCACAGUUGAGUACACCUUCGUCGUUCGUAGGCUACGGUGUGGGGUGUGAAAUUGAGAUCCGGAUAAAUAGGGGUAACGUGCUGUGCUGUGGGUGCUAAAUUUGGAAGGAGGGCGGAAAGGGACAGAUUAGAGAUGAAGAACCAAUCGAUAGUUGCGUAACUAGAAGUGUCACAACACAAUAGAAUAAGUGAAGAAAAAAGUGCAUUUGAAUUGAAUGAUCGUCUCCGAAAGGGACGGAAGCGAGUCUUUGUGCGUGUUAAGUGUCCAUGCAUUAUACACAGGCGAAGAAUCUGAUGAAAAAAGAAUUAACCCAAUUAAUAGUUGAAGUGUCAGCUUGGAAUCACAUCCGCAGGAUGUCACCGUUACGGGAGGAGCAUCCUUCGCCGGAACACCAUCACACAUGGCCACCGAGGGAGGACCGACAGGCAAUGCGUCACUGUCACCAGCUGCUGUCGGUGACAAAAACGCCGCCCCCCGAAGUCAAGGCGUCCUUGUGCUGUGAUAGUAGUAGUGCUCCUACCGUCGCUAAUAGUAGUGUCCCUCGGAUGGGGGAAAUGUAUCGAUUUCAGAAGCGAUUAGACUUGCAGCAGCAGCAUCACAAGUGCAAAUCCAACCGAAGAACGUUGCCUGUAGGGUGCGGGAGCGCUGGUGGUGGUGUUGGUAUUGGUAACGGUUCUUUGUGGGGUUGGGCAAGUGAAAAAAUGCCGUCAUCGGCAGUUACUGAAAAGUGCAGUAAAAGUAGGGGUGAGUGGGACCGUGUCGGAGUUGGUAGCAGAAGAAACUGGCCAGGUCUUCCUUCCAAUGUCUUCCUUGCCGUUGUCCUGUUUUUGCUGGCCGGAUUCUGCACCAGGAGUGGCUGCGACGAUACCGAGCAGUUUCAGAAGAACAGAAAAUUUACACCCACCUCGGCAACAGUAGAUACGAUUCCCGCCCGCGUUGUUUGGGCCGCAGUGGAUCACGACGCGGAACUGCCCUGCGACAUAACCGCACCGGGACCGCAGGACGGCGUCAAGCUGGUGCUGUGGUUCAAGGAUUCCACCGGCAUUCCACUGUACUCGCUGGAUUCCCGGUCCGGGGUACCGAUUUCGGCCGCCCAGCACUCCACCAUUGCCAGCGAUCUCGGGCAGCGGUUGUUCUUCUCCGUCGGCAGUGCACCGAAGGAUGCCCGACUGCAGAUACGCAACAUCAAGCAGUCCGACGGGGGAGUGUACCGGUGCCGGGUGGAUUACUUCAACUCGCCCACCCGCAAUUAUCGGGUUAACUUGACGCUAGUCGUACCACCAGAGGAACCUCGGAUAUUCGACGCCCAAGGGAAGGAGAUCUCAACGGUGGCGGGACCAUUUCGAGAAGGUCACGAGCUGUUUCUAUCCUGCCAAGUGUCCGGAGGUCGACCACCGCCCCGGGUUUCGUGGUGGCACGAUGGCAUCGAGAUAUCAGGCACCAGUCAUCCGUCCGCAGUCGAUGGCGCCUCGGCCAUGGUGAAUCAGCUUUUCCUGGGGACCGUAUCGCGGGAUCUAUACGGUGCCAAGUUCGUUUGCAAGGCCGCUGGCUCCAAGCUGGUACCGGCGGUUUCGAAGGAGGUCGCCAUUCAAGUACACCUAAAGCCACUCCGGGUGAAAAUCGUUACUCCGAACGAGCUGCUCACCGCGGGUCGUCCCAUUCCGAUCCGGUGCGAAAGCUGGGGUUCAUUCCCAGCGGCCAAGGUUGUCUGGCUGUUGGACGGUGAGCCGCUGCGGAGUGCCGACAUCACUGUUCAUAGCGAUGGCAAUGAUGCCAAUCUUACCUCCAGUAUAUUGACGCUGCGUGUGACGGCCGAGAACGAUGGUGGCGAGCUGGCUUGUCGGGCCUCGAAUCCAUGGUUUUCCGGUGGGGCCAUCGAGGACAAGAGAACGAUCAGUGUUGCCUACGAACCGGUCGUAUCGGUGCAUCUGGCCAACGAGGAUCCGGCCCGGGUCAUCACGCGGGCGGAAGGCGAAAAUGUGACACUCAAGUGCCGGGCGGACGCACGGCCACCGGUGACUUCCUUUGCCUGGUACAAAAAUAACAUGCGAAUGUCUGGCGAAAGCGGCGAAACACUGCAUCUCAACCAGCUGGAACGGGAAAGUGCCGGUUCGUACGCGUGUGCAGCAUCCAACACCGAGGGUGAAACGCGCAGCUCAUCCAUCACGUUGAAGAUUCAGUAUGCACCUCGUUGCAAGCCCGGCUCGGAGCAGACGUCGGUAGGUUCGCUGAACAUGCACUCUCUGCAUGUGCGCUGUGAGGUGGAAGCCGACCCACCGGACGGUGUACGCUUUAGCUGGACCUACAACAACACCCGGAACGUGUCGCCGGUGCUGAAUUCACGCAUCAGUUCGCAUGGACUGGUCAGCACCAUGACCUACCUGCCGCAGUCCGACUCGGAGCUGGUCACGCUGGCCUGCUGGGCCAUGAACAGUGUCGGCCGACAGACGGUGCCGUGUCUGAUUCAUAUUUUACCUGCAAAGAUUCCGGAAACGCCUCGUAACUGUGAGCUGCACAACGACACCGUUCCGGAAGUGGUGUGCCAAGCGGGUAACGAUGGCGGCCUAUUACAGAGCUUCCUGCUGGAGGUAAUCGGCGGAGCAGUACCGGCACUGUUCAAUUUGGACUACACCCGCAGCCCACCGACGGAGAUCGACAACGAAAUUUCCACCAUGAACGAUCAGGCCACACUAGCACCGUUAUUUCGGAUCCAGGAGCAGCUACCGCAGUUCAAACUGCACAGCCUGGAACCGGGCCGGGAUUACCAGCUGCUGGUCUAUGCGGUGAAUGCGAAGGGCAAAAGCGACCCACCGUUCGUGAUCGACAAAGUGCGCGUUGGAUCGGCACUGAUACCACCGUACGUGGACGAAACGAUAAUUUCGGAGGACCCGACGCCGGCGGAAACCUCCAACGCCGACAAGCAGAAGCAGCACUCGCAGAUGGUGAUGUUUGCGGCGGUGGCAGCGGCCGCCGGUGUCAUCAUAAGCUCGAUCAUCGUCGCCGGUUUCGUCGCGAUAUGUAGGCUCAAGCGACCGAAACCACCCGAACCGCAGGAAGUGCGGAAGCGAAUGCGACCUGCCAGAACCGAUGUGCCAUCGAUGUACGCUGAGGAUGACGUGUUCGAGGACGAGUUCCAGCAGCGACAUCCGGGCGAUACGCGUUGCAGCCGGGCAUCCUCUACCCUGCGGAGUAGCCGAUACAUCUCCGAGGGAUUUGUGCAGUAUUCACAGCCUAGUUUAAAUGUCUAUAUUGCAGAUCCCGAUCUGAUUCUUCCACGUGGCAGCGACAUCGAGUUCACGACCCUGUCAGGAGCUUAGCAGCAGUAGCCGGCAGACGGCUAAUUGAUAGCGAACGUUGUCGAACGACCGACCGGAACUGUAAAUAGGUGGUAAAAAAACUGUGCUGCUUUUAGCCCGGGGUUUGUACCUUAACUAAUUGUACGGUCCUAUAGGAACUAGGUUCUACUAUGUGUAAGGUUAGAAUGUGAUUGAAUGAUUCCGAAGUGAGCGAAGGCAGGCGGCUUUAGAAAGAUUUUAGCAUGUUUUUUGUUUGUUUGUUUGGCCAACAAGGGAAAGGAACAAUGAACUAAAUAACCACCAGUAGCUGAUUGGAAAGUUAGCCAGAAUUAGGCGAAUGUUGAACCGGUAAGAUAGAUUGCGGAGUGAGCUCAAAUCAAUUUGAGGUUAGGAAACCAAAAUAAAACAAAAAAACCAAACUAUUUAUAUACAUUUGAGUAGGUUUAUUUUUUAGUCUAGCGAAAAUCAGAUGGUUUAUUGAGAAAGCAAGUUACGCUGUAUAAAUAUUUGUUAAGAUGAGAUGGCUAAACGAGUUUCGAUUUCCAAAGGGAUUGAUGUCAUUAACUUUUAAGUUUAAGAAACUGCAAAAAAUAAUAUAAUGAAAAAAAAUAAAAUAAAUGGUACAGAAGAGCCAAGAUACAAACUUAGGUAAUGAUAUUAGUUUAGUCGCAGAUAUUUUUUUUAUACAUGAAAAAUUGAAUCUGAAAGAUAUGAGAAAAAUCAAACGACGGGUGUAGCGCAAAGAAAAAAAAACCAAAACACCGAUAAACGGUUAAAUCAACAAUCAAAUCAUUUCGUUUAAAGAAAUAAAUAAGUACCGCGAUUUUUUCCAACAA